CGGUGCCCGGGGGCGCUGCCCCAUGGAGCGGAGAGGCGGGCGCCGUCUGCUCCCGGAGCCGUGACCCAAGUCGGAGCCGUGUGUCGCAGCCGCCCCGACCCCCGCGGAUCAUGCGCCGUCGCCCCUGGCUCGCCAGUCCAGCUGGGCUGUGAGCCCCCCACUCCCCGCGCGUCACGGCCCUCGCGCCAUGGGCAGCACCCACCCCUGCCCCUGGCUGCGGCUCCUCCGACCCGGGCCCCAGCCGCGGCCCGCGCUGUGCGCGCUCCUGUUCUUCCUCCUGCUGCUGGCUGCCGCCCUGCCCAGGUCUGCACCCAAUGACAUUCUGGGCCUCCGCCUCCCCCCGGAGCCCGUGCUCAACGCCAACACCGUGUGCCUGACGCUGCCCGGCCUGAGCCGGCGGCAGAUGGAGGUGUGCGUGCGCCACCCUGAUGUGGCGGCCUCCGCCAUCCAGGGCAUCCAGAUCGCCAUCCACGAGUGUCAGCACCAGUUCCGGGACCAGCGCUGGAACUGCUCCAGUCUCGAGACGCGAAAUAAGAUCCCCUACGAGAGUCCCAUCUUCAGCAGAGGUUUCCGAGAGAGUGCCUUCGCCUACGCCAUCGCCGCAGCCGGCGUAGUGCACGCGGUGUCCAAUGCCUGCGCCCUGGGCAAACUGCGGGCGUGUGGCUGCGACGCGUCCCGGCGCGGGGAUGAGGAGGCCUUCCGUCGGAAGCUGCACCGCCUGCAGCUGGACGCGCUGCAGCGCGGUAAGGGCCUGAGCCAUGGGGUUCCCGAACACCCAGCCCUGCCCCCCGCCAGCCCUGGCCUGCAGGACUCCUGGGAGUGGGGUGGCUGUAGCCCGGACGUGGGCUUUGGGGAACGCUUCUCUAAGGACUUUCUGGAUUCCCGGGAGCCUCACCGAGACAUCCACGCACGCAUGAGGCUUCACAACAACCGAGUUGGGAGGCAGACGGUGAUGGAGAACAUGCGGCGGAAGUGCAAGUGCCACGGCACUUCAGGCAGCUGCCAGCUCAAGACGUGCUGGCAGGUGACGCCGGAGUUCCGCGCGGUGGGGGCGCUGCUGCGCAACCGCUUCCACCGAGCCACGCUCAUCCGGCCGCACAACCGCAACGGCGGCCAGCUGGAGGCCGGCCCCGUGGGGGCACCCUCUGCGGCCCCGGGCGUUCCCGGGCCACGCCGCAGGGCCAACCCUGCAGACCUGGUCUAUUUCGAGAAGUCGCCCGACUUCUGCGAGCGCGAGCCGCGCCUGGACUCGGCGGGCACCGUGGGCCGCCUGUGCAACAAGAGUAGCACAGGCCCGGACGGCUGCGGCAGCAUGUGCUGCGGUCGCGGCCACAACAUCCUGCGCCAGACUCGCAGCGAGCGCUGCCACUGCCGCUUCCACUGGUGCUGCUUCGUGGUCUGCGAGGAGUGCCGCAUCACCGAGUGGGUCAGCGUCUGCAAGUGAGCGGAGGGCUCCCCUCCCUGAGACUGGCCCUUUCUCUGCAGCUUGUGGUCUUGACAGAGUCACUUUGGCUCCUGGGAGAGGAGGCUGGACCACUAAAUCUUAUAGGAACCUCCCAGCUCUGAGGGUCAUCAGGUUUGCAAUCACGGAAAAGUCUAGACUUCAUCUUCAGGGCUGAUUUGCCUCUCCACUCUCUGCCCCAAGCUCAGACAGCUCAGCUGGGCUGAGAACCGCCCCACACCCUAGGGCAGUGUCAGCCAGGCAACCCCAGGCCUGUCUCCUUUCAUCCCCUCACCGUUUCCUUGGAGUGGGAGGGAAGGAAUGGGAGCGGAUUACAAAGAAGAAAUGGACAUAACUGGGCCACAGUAACUCUAGAGAGGCCACAGACACCCUGCCCAACAGGCCUCUGCCCCUCGUCAUUCAAUGAACAAAUAUUUAUUUUGCACUCGUUGUGGCCUGGUGCUCUUCAGGCGAUAAGGUGCUGGGGACACAGAUGUGAAUAGAAGAGACAGCACCUGCCCUCUUGGAGUUUACAUGCUGGCGGGGGGGAGUGGACAAUAAACAA